AUGGCCUUCGCCUCGUACUCGCCCCACCGCGAGGCCGGCACCAUGCACCUGGACCUCCCUUCACCCACCUAUCGUCUGGACGGCACCCACUUCGCCCAUCUGCAGCAGCUGCGCCGUUCCCUAUCACGCUCACCUUCGAAACCCUCGCGCUUCCAGCUGCACAAGUCCGACUCACCACGCUCGCCCAUCUCUCCACUAGCACUCGCGCGCGCCUUCAGCCCCAAGGCACACAAGCCAACGAGUCCUAUCAAGACAUUUUUUGAAUCGCCUCUGGCACAGGCCGUGCCAGCCAAGAAGAAAUUCACUCUGCGACGACCCACCGCAAACUUCAAGGCCUCGCCGCGCGCACGACAGAAUUCAAAAAGCCCCCGUCGCGUCCUCGGCGACUCACCCACCGGCGCAAACUCCACAACACCCUUCUACACCCGCCCGACCGUCGGCCAAGAAAACGACACACCCGCACGCCCUUCCAGCUCGGAUUCCCUCGAGAGCAUGGACACGGACUGCAGGAAGUUUGGCUUGAACGACAAGCCCAUCAAGUUCGAGUUUGCGCACCGACGUCCGGAUCUCUCUCCGGGCCCCCCUGUAAAGUCGAGUCCUCUCAAGCGUAACGAUGGUGUUAUGAACCUGAGCGGGACACCCACUGGCUUCAGUCCUGUCGCUAAGCGGAGGAGCUUGCACAGCGUCUCGAACCUGGGAACCGAUUUCGAGAGUAUUUUCGACCGCAACAGCAUGCAUGCCGUACAAUCACCUAUGGAAGAGGAGGAGACGCAAAACGAGUUCGACUUUUCGACGCCUGCGAACCCGUCGCAAUCGCCUAUGCGCAGAGCCACGUCUCUUCGAAAAUCGACUGUGAUGCAGCGAAACGCGAAUUCACCACGACCGAAACCAGCUUUCGACGGCGAGUUUGCCAUGCCUGGCCUCGCAGCGUCCAAAUCGAGAAACCGCAUGUCGCUCGACAGCUCUCUUGGUCAAAGUACCACGCCCACGCAGACGCCCUUCCGCAAGUCCACCUUCGAUGCUGGGCGCAUGGGUUUGCCUACACCCUUCGUUCGCAGCACUGCCGGCGCAUCGCAACCGCACCCGUUGUCGCAUGCGCACACACCAUCUUCAACUACGUCAGGUCUCGGUGGGAUGACUCCCAUGGCACCGCCACGGGCACCCCACUUCGCAGCUCCACCUGGUCGGCCAAACCAGAGUCAUCAAUUUUCACGUUCUCUGCCAAUCGGCGUACCGCGCCCACACGCACCGGAAGGAGAACAUGACUCGUUUGACACGCCAUUCAAGUCUGUGCAGCAAGCCCCAGUUGCAUUCUCCACCGGUCUCAUGUCGAAGAAGAACCGCAAUGCGGACGAGCCCGCCAAUGUAUAUGUCAUGCCUGACACCCCGUCUAAGCGGCAGUCGUAUCCCCCUGCUCAGGCAGACAGGACUGAUGUCAUCGACACACCUCUCGUUAAGCGAGGUGGAAGUUUAUUUGGAGAUUUCAAUAGGCCACAACCUCAGUUCGGCACAACAAGCACACCCUUUAGCGCGCAUGUGUCAAAGUUCUCUACGGGAUCCUUUGGUAAAGGAACCAGCGUCUUUGGCAACAUGGGCGGAUCCCUUCAGCGCCGAGGCAGCAUGGUCAGCGUGGAUGGUGAUGACGACCUUCCUGAUAGCCAGUCGCCAACUGCCAACCGUACUAUGGUUGACACCGACGCGAGCAUUGACGAUAUGCCACCGACCCCUACAAAGGGACAUGGUGCAUCGAGUCGCCGCUCAAAGGAGAGCAGUCUCAGGCGCAAAACCUUCCGCUCCCGACCUUCUAUUGGUAACGAUACGUUUGCGGCCCCAGAAGUUGCCAAUGAUUUCAAUGGUAAGUCUAGUCCACACACAGUUGCGACAGCUUCACAUGACAAGAGUAGCUCGCCACCAUCACGUGGUGAGCAGCUUGACUCAAAGAACUGUACCUCCUCUCCCGCACAAGCUUCUCUUACUCGGACUCGGUUCUUGCGACGUACCAAGAGAUUGGGUCGUCCAUCACCGCUUUCGCGACAGAUACUUCGUACAACUGUUCUUCCCUUCAGUCGUGAGGCCAAUGCUAACCAGCUCCCAGCGUCCAUCAUCUCGUUCGGUUCAUCGUCGCCAGGUUCCCCACUCGAUUCCUCGUUCCAACCCGCUGAGACAAAUCGAUUGUCCAUCGCGGGUAACAGGCGCGGCUCGAUGAACUUCAACAGCAGUGUCAGCACUUUCCCUCCCGCUACACCAACCACGCCACGUGAUCAUUCCGUUUUCUUCGCUGAAGACAAGGGAGCUAUCCCCAUCGGUCUCACCAAGAACGACGUCGAUGAGGCCAUCAGCUCGCGCUUCCGUGAGGUCAAGGAGCUCGACGGUGGCGAAGGGGAGUUCUCCAAGGUCUACCGCGUCAGCCAGUCUGUGCAGGGCUCAACGCAGGACACUCCAGCUGGGAGUCAGGUAUGGGUCGUUAAGAAGUCGAAGAAGCCAUAUACAGGCCAGGGUGACCGCAACCGCAAGAUGCGUGAAGUUGACAUCCUCUAUGCUCUUCGGGGCAAUGACCACGUUCUGAACAUCAACGACCACUGGGAAGCCAACUCACACUUGUACAUCCAAAGCGAAUACUGCGAAGGCGGCAACUUGCGCCGCUUCCUCGACACUGUUGGAUACAGUAGCCGUCUCGACGACUUCCGCAUUUGGAAGAUUCUACUGGAACUGUCACAGGGACUUACCUUUAUACACCACUCAGGUUACAUCCACCUCGAUCUGAAGCCCGCCAACAUCCUGAUUGACUUUGGGGGUUCGCUGAAGAUCGCUGAUUUCGGUCUGGCCAGCUCUUGGCCUGCACCCAAAGGCAUCGAUGGCGAAGGCGAUCGCCACUACCUGGCGCCAGAAGCUCUCUGCGGCCGCUUUGACAAGCCCGCCGAUGUAUUCGCGCUCGGCAUGAUGCUGACUGAGAUUGCCGGCAACUGUGUUAUUCCCGAGAACGGCACCUACUGGACGAAGCUCAGGUCAGGCGAAUUCGAGCACGUACUCCCGAGCUUGACUUGGAGUGCCGAUAGCGGUACCCUGAGCCGCGAUGGCAACGGUGACCCGAUUCCCGAGAGUAACGUUUCUCUGGACACCUUCCUCAUGUCAGACACCGACAUCGAGCCCCAGUCCACGGUCCAAAUACGGGCAGCCUCAAGUCCGGAAGAGGACCUUGCCCGUGCCCCAAAGUUCAUGAUUGACUACACCGACCCCAAUACCAUGGACCAGGUAGUCAAAGCAAUGUUGCAUCCUGUACCAGAAGAGCGGCCAACAUCUGAGCAAGUCCUGCAGUGCUUUGGUUGCCAGUGGGUCGACUACAGGAGGCGAGCGGGAGCCACUGUAUACGAAGGCAACUUUGGACCAGGCGAGGAUAUACUGGCCACAUAUGCGCUCGAUGAUGCUGACGCUGACAUGAUGGACAUGAGCUAA